AUGGAGCCAUCGCCCCCACGUCCUAAAUCUGAAACCCCGUUCUCCCUCGAGAAGUCUUCAGAUACGCAAGAUAUCGAGGAGGGCACAGUACACCAAUAUGGUCAACCAGCGCUACCCAUUAAUGAAGCGUUGGAAUCCAAACUUCGAUGGAAGAUGGAUCUUCGUAUACUGCCCACGGUUACUAUUAUUUACUUGCUUUGUUUUAUUGAUCGCGCAAACAUUGGCAACGCCAAAAUCGCAGGUCUAGAGGCCGACCUGAAGAUGCAGGGUUACGACUUUAACAUUUCCCUCUCCAUCUUUUACAUCUCCUACAUCCUAUUUGAGAUUCCUCUGAAUCUCCUGUGCAAGCGGAUAGGGCCGGGUUGGUUUAUACCUGCAUGCUGUCUCGGCUUUGGUAUCUGCACUACCUGCACGGCCUUUGUCAAUGAUUUCUCGACUCUGUGCGGACUCCGGUUCUUACUUGGCGUCUUCGAAGCUGCCAUGCUACCAGCGAAUGUGUACUACCUCUCGCGUUGGUAUCGGCGCAGUGAACUGACCUUUCGACUUUCGUUCGUUAUCAUCUCGGCGUCUUUGGCGGGUGCAUUUGGAGGCCUGCUUGCCUCUGCCAUUUUGCGUCUUGAAAGCUUCGGCUCCUUGCAUUCAUGGAGAAUGAUCUUUGCAAUUGAAGUGGGUGUCAUCUCAUUUUUCACGCUCACCGAUAGGGUCGAAACUGCCACCUGGUUAUCAUCGGAGCAAAAGACAUUGGCAAAUGGAAGAAUCAUGUCAGAAAGAAUUGGAACAACCGAGGUUAUCGACAAGUUUGGUACCAAGAGAAUGCUCCGAGGCAUCCUGAACCCAGUGGUGCUCCCAACAGCCGUGAUAUCCUUCUUUAACUUUAUCACGGUACAUGGCUUGUCUUUCUUCCUUCCUACCGUUGUUCGCACAAUCUUUCCUCAGCACUCUGUGGAAAACCAGCAGCUCCUUACAGUUCCGCCAAACGUCUUGGGCACAAUCAUGUGCAUGCUAUUCUGCUAUAUAAGUUGGAAGGUGGAUAAGCGCGGCAUAUUCCUUAUCAUCUGUGCGCCGUUCUCGAUGAUAGGGUACAGCAUGUUUCUGGCAACAUCUAAUCCGCACGUGCGCUAUGCAGCAACGUUCCUGCCAGUAUGCGGCAUCUUCGCGAUGGGAGCAUUCCCCAAUGCCCAUGUCUCAGCAAAUGUCAUCUCGGAUACUUCUCGGUCCUCUGCGGUCGCCUUCAACGUGAUGCUUGGUAACAUUGGAGGUUUGGUAUCAACUUGGGCAUUCCUCCCUUUCGAUGGACCUGAGUAUCGCAUUGGUAACGGCCUCAACCUGGCAGCACAGUCUACUAUCUUUUUGAUCGGUAUCUGUAUGUAUUUCGCGAUCGAGAGGAGCAACAAGAGAAGGUCAGGCGUGGAUGUGGAGAGGGAAUUGGCUGGAAAGACUCUGUCGGAGAUCCAAGACCUUGAAUGGCGACAUCCGGGCUUCAGAUGGCAGAAUUAG